CCUUCCUUUAACACCGCCAACAAUAUCGUCAAACAGCAGCAGCGGCAGCGGGCUCUGGCGAGCAUUGGACGACCGCUUCGUCUCGCCGCCGCGAUGGCGUCGGUGAAGCCGUCGGUCGCGCUGGCGCUGCUCGUUUGCUGCGCUACGGCAGUCGGUGCGCUGCCAACUGGCUGCACAUAUGAAUCAAAAGACAAGCCGACCACUGCCACCUGCAGAGAGUUCUCAUACCUCUCAGAGCUGCCCAAAAAUGUCACGCACCUGAUUCUGCACAACAGCCUAACCAACGUCCCCGUGGGCUCUCUGGACGAACUGUUAGGCAGUCUCACGGCGCUAACCAUCGAGAUGAAUUUAACGUGCGACUGCAACACAAUGUACCUGAAGAGGCUGGCGCAAGACAACUUGAAAAUCAACGGAGAAAAUUGCACGUUCCUGGGCGGGCAAAAAGACGUGACUUCUCUGACAGGAAACGAGUUUCCGGACGUGUGUGCCACGGCCCCGCCGCACUGCUCCGAGAUGCUCCUGCGCGACUCGGGCCUUCACAUCGCCUACCUGGUCUUCCUGGUGCCGCUCGUCUACAGCUACCUUGGCCUGCGGCCCCUCGUGAGCCAUCGCCGCGCCGGUCGCCACAAGGGUGGGGACGCUGAGUACAAGCGCAUGAGUAAUAAAUCGUCGUCCGCUCGGUCCGCUCCGUCCGCUCCGCCCGAUGAGAAGAUUUACGAGGAUCUGGAUACCAAGUUGUGAUGAGCGGUGGGCCCUCAAGAGGCGGCGGAUGGGAGGGACCGGUGUUGUGGGUCAGGGUCGGGAGCAUGCGGGAGAGGUCGGAGGUCGUGAUCGCCGGGAGAGGUUGGCAGCGGUGCUGUUAUGUGGACGAAAUUUGGCGAUGAAAAUGUAUUGGGCGUGUUUUUAUUAUUAUUAUAUAUAUUUUAUUUUAGUCAAUGAUUACGAUAAGUGGAUGGGGAAUAGAGAAUUUGGAAGCAGUGAUAUUUCUUUUUUUACUUAAUCAUGCGUGAAAAUAUUCAUCAUUGUUAAAAAAUAUAUAUAUUUUAGUCAAUGGUGACUAUGACCGGGAUAAAGUAUUCAAGCAUGGCUAUGACUACCACUGCCCACAACAUACGUAGGCAUGACUGACUGUGACCAGGCGACAUUUACUGGUCUAAAUGAAGAUGCAGAUUAAGAUAAUUUAGUAACGCUAUUAGAGAACCUCAGACUAUGACUCAAAUAAGAAAAGAAUGUGACUAAAUUCACACUCGCUGGAAGCAAAUGGUAGGGAAUGAAGGUAGGUGGAUAUUUGGAUCGAGGUAUUUGGAACACAUUGCUUUUAAUGAAUGGUUUGGAAAGAUUACAUGGCCAUGAGAGUUUUUUUUUUUUUUGGCGUUAGAUCGUGUAAAUAUAAAAUGCGUCAUUAAACCCGCCACAACCGGGCACAGCCAAUUAGUACACGCAUUUUUUUUACGCAAUCUCUCCCAAAAAAAAUCGCCUAUGGACAAUAUUGGUCGCGAAAGCCUACGUGUUAAGAUGACAUGGAGAAGAUGGAAAAUGGUGGUUUUGGAUGGGAGAUUGGGAAAUAUAUAGAAAAUGCCUUUGGACGAAACAAAUAAUAUAUGGUCCAACAUACUAAAGCACAGCGCCACAUUUGUCUUGAGCCAUUGAAAGUCCUUUGGGUAAGCAGCGUUCAGCUUGAGAGGGCCACCUUGUAGUCCCAUGGGUUGGGAAUUAAGGAAUGGGGGACACGAGGAUAUUGAGAGAUUGGGGAGAUCAAUGAAUAGAUUUUAAAGUGAGACGUCCGGAAUAAAUGCGAUGAAAAGUUGGGAAUGGCAGAUUGGUUGUGAAUGGAUGGGAAUGAAAGUUGUGGAUCAGCAAGUGAGUGUUUUGGAAUGAAGGCAUUGACGGGAUGAAUUAAUGACUGGGAAAGGGAAUUUACGUUUUGGAAAGAGAGUUUAUGUGAAUGAAUAGUUGGGAAUUGCAAUCUGGGAAUGAGAACGUGAACCUUGGUCAGGAAUUUUGGCCACGUAAUGGAAACGUUCAGUGCAGUGUCCCUUUUAAGUAGGCAGGUAAGUUCUCAUAAAAUGUCAUUCAAUAUCCGUCUGGACAUUCCAAAGAGGUAAUAAACCUCAUUGUUAAAAACUCAAUUCAGUCAGUAUUUAAGUCAUUAUUUCUUCGUCACUGUUCAAUUUGAGUCUGACGAACUUUAUUUUUUACACUUUAGAAUUUUGGACUGAAUGGAAGUCGCAGAUGAUUACAUAUAAAGAGGGGAAGAUGUUUGUUGAAUGCAAUAUUAUCCUGAAUCUCUGUGAAUAAUUGGUAUAACCUCUAUUUGGACUAUUAUAAUAAUUAUAUUAUUGAUGUGUACAUUAUUUCGUGGCAUGUUGUACGGUAAGCUUUGUUUUUUGUGUGUGUUUAUAUUUGGCUUUCGUAUUUUUACUUGAACGAUAAACAUGGCAAUGGUUAAAAAAAACACGUUCCAUCAGGAGAACGACGCUUGCUCUCAGUCUGCCCUUAUCGGACGCAUGCAGACGAUUGUGACUAAGCCAGUAACCGGUGGAAACUAGGACUGUGAUCUGGAAGGGCGAGAGAGAGAGACAUUUUGGCACAAAUAUAGCAGAGUUUAUGCUUACAACCAGAGAACGUUUUAAAUUGUGAUACUUGAAUUUGCCCGCCCCAAAGGAUGGUCUAGAGACUGCAAAUGUCACGAUACGCAACCGACAAAAGUACGACCUCUAUUACCAGUGAGGCAACGUAAUUCACCUCUCGCGGAGUGCGACACUAAAGUCAAGAGAGCGGGCAGCGAUGGAGGAGGGCAGGCGACCGAGACGGUCACCAGAGUGGGCCCCAGAAGUCGGUGACCAAGGCAUAAAGGCGGAUUGUGUUGGAUCGUAGAUACUUUUCCUCCGCUGGCGCAUUCCAGCUGUAUCAGCGCGGUGACUUUUGUACCGUGCCGAGCCAGAACGAACCCGUGAAACGUUGGCCUCCAAAGACAUCUGGGCCAGGAGCAGGGCUAACGAAUGACUCGUUCGUUGGGACGACAGGGCGGACCUUCGUGUGUCGUCUGCUCGCGUCUCAACCCGUUGUCCAUUCCGCGUGAAGUCGGUGGCACGGCUCGGCUUUCAGUGGAAAAGAAACAACCUGGCGCCUCCUGAGCCACCGCCGCCGCCGAGUUGGCAUGGGGCGCAGCUCCGACGCGGCUCUGAGUGUGCAGUGGAACAAUGUAGAGAGGUAUUAUAAUAAUAAUAAGAGUGGCCCCUGGAGGUCGGGCGUCAACCGUGCAGCAAUUGUAGAAUCCGGCCGAAGGUAACGACGAGCAAGCGUCGUGGACGUGAGCAGCGGCCGGUCUCUCCGAAUGGGACGAAACAAUUCUCUGCGGACGGAGGACGUCCUGGUGGGGGGGGGGG